CUCGGGUUCCGCUUGCGCGUUGCUGGGAAACGGGCCUCGGCUCGCCCCUCCCUUCUGAACGCCGGGCUCGCGGGCGGAGGCCCGGGCUGCGCCGCCGCGGCGGCCGAGGCGGAAGAGAUGGGACUCCCUGCGCGGCGAACCCGGAGCCGUUACCUCUUCGGGGGAAGCAGCGGUGGCUUCGAGGAAACCGGAAGCCCGUGGUGACCCCUGGCCGACCCGGUUUGUUUUCAGGCCGUCUCCAAACAAUUGGGGAAUCGAAACUCGGCGGCCCUGGGGGCGGCCCUGCGGUGCCGGGGCUCAGGGCGUUUCAUUCACUGAGACGGCAAGUAAGUGGAAGGAACGAGGGACACUUGACAAGAGCGGUGCUGCCCAGACCUGAGCCCCGCACGAUCUGUCAUGGAUGCACUAGUAGAAGAUGAUAUCUGCAUUCUGAAUCAUGAAAAAGCUCAUAGAAGAGAUACAGUGACUCCAGUUUCAAUAUAUUCAGGAGAUGAGUCUGUUGCUUCACAUUUUGCCCUUGUUACUGCUUAUGAAGACAUCAAAAAACGACUUAAUGAUUCAGAGAAAGAGAACUCGUUCCUAAAAAAGAGAAUACGGUUUUUGGAAGAAAAGCUUGUAGGAGCUCGAUUAGAUGAAGAAACCAGUUCUGUGGGACGAGAACAAGUAAAUAAGGCCUAUCAUGCAUAUCGAGAGGUUUGCAUUGAUAGAGAUAAUUUGAAAAGCAAAUUGGAUAAAAUGAAUAAAGACAACUCUGAAUCUUUGAAAGUAUUGAAUGAGCAGCUACAAUCUAAAGAAGUAGAACUCCUUCAGCUGAGAACAGAGGUGGAAACUCAACAGGUGAUGAGGAAUUUAAAUCCACCUUCAUCAAACUGGGAGGUAGAAAAGUUGAGCUGUGACCUGAAGAUCCAUUGUUUGGAACAAGAGCUGGAACUGAUGAAAAAAGAAUGUAAUGAUCUCAAAGUAGAGCUACAAAAAGCCAAACAAAUGGAUUCAUCUCAGGAAGACAAUCUGAAGAGUAGCGAUCUCCAAAGACUAAGCAUUUCAAGUGAUAAUAUGCAACAUGCAUACUGGGAACUGAAGAGGGAAAUGUCUAAUUUACAUCUGGUGACUCAAGUACAAGCUGAACUACUAAGAAAACUGAAAGCCUCAACCACAAUUAAAAAAGCUUGCACCCCAGUUGGAUGCACUGAAGACCUUGGGAAAGACAGCACGAAAUUGUACUUGACGAAUUUCACUGCAACAUACAAAAGACAUGGGCCACCCUCACCAAAUGGCAAACCUCUUUGUCAUACUGUAUCUUCCCCUUUAUCAGGAGACACAAAGGUUUCAUCAGAGAAAGCACUUCUGCAGUCAUGGACAGAUAAUGAAAGAUUGAUUCCUAAUGAUGGUACGGACUUUCAGGAACACAACUCCUACGGCAGAAAUUCUCUGGAAGAUAAUUCUUGGGUAUUCCCAAGCCCUCCCAAAUCAAGUGAGACAACAUUUGGGGAAACUAAAAGUAAAACUUUGCCUUUACCCAACCUGCCGCCACUGCAUUACUUGGAUAAACAUAAUCAAAACUGUCUUUAUAAAAGUUAAUUCUGAAGAGAUUCAUGAUUUGAUCAUGAGGUCACUGUACCUCUGGUUCUCCCAAGAAAUUAUUUAACAAACUGAAAGUGGAUUUUGAUUAAAAUUUUGCAGUUCUUCAGUAUAUACUGUCAACAUAAGGUAUGAUAAUUAGUUGAUUUUCUAGUAAAAGAAGAGCACCCUUCAGCUCUAUAUUCUAAGAAUCAAAUAUAUGCUAACUAUACUAGUGAAUAAGUUUAAGGUGUUUAGAGAUAAAUAUGCCAUCGAUAACAGUUGUGACAUCUGCUAUAAGAAAAGAAGAGAACUGGAGAUGUUUGGACAUGGUUUGACAAAGUAUGAGAAAUGCCUAAAUAUCCCUUCAUAAAGAGAAAAGCAAGCGUUUAUUACAGGAGAAAAAACCAGGCACACUGGUUCAGAUUGCAUAAAGGGGCAAAUGACAAUGUGAAUACAUUAUCCUUGUUGACUUUAUGAUGCAUAAAAUUAUGAAAUAUAAUGGAAUAAAACUGUCUAGGUUAUUACA